GUCACAUCCUGAUAGAAUCAGGAACUGCGUAUCUGAUGUACGCUCGUGUAGCACACUUUGUUGUACUUAGUUUGGUUACAAGCUGGUAGCAGUUGCACAUCAGUUGAAUAAACCUGAAUUUAAAAUGUUAAAGAGAAAACCAUCUAACGUGUCUGAUAAGGAGAAAAGUCAAAAGCCAAAGCGCACAAGCAGCUUUGGAAGCUUUGACCGUUUCAGGCAUCACUCGAUAUCAAAGACAGAUGAUUCAGCUGAGAUAUCUGAGCUGGAGACUAUAAGUGACAUUGGAGAAGCAGUACAAACUAAAGCAGCAAAUAAUGGAGGAAGUCUUGGUAAGAAGAUGAGAGCCAUUUCCCUUACCAUGAAGAAAAAGAUGGGUAAAAAGUACAUCAAGGCACUCUCUGAGGAGAUGAGUGAAGAAGGAAAAGAUGACAGUGAUCCUGGUGGUGGAACACACACUGAGAAGGUCUCCCUAAAAGCCAGUGACUCUAUGGAAAGUCUCUAUAGUCUGAACAGUGGCCAGAGCUCAUCUAGUGGGGUGACCAGCUGCUCAGAUGGAACGAGCAACAGGGACAGCCUCCGGUUUGAUGACGAAGUCCCUUACAGUGGGCCCUUCUGUGGUCGAGCCAAAGUUCACACCGACUUCACACCGAGUCCUUAUGACACUGAUUCUCUGAAAAUCAAGAAAGGAGACAUUAUAGAUAUCAUCUGUAAAACCCCCAUGGGCAUAUGGACAGGCAUGCUGAACAACAAAGUAGGAAACUUCAAGUUCAUUUACGUGGAUAUUAUCUUGGAAGAGGAAGCUGCACCCAGAAAGAUAAAGCCACACAGAGGAAGCAAAAGGACCAAGCCUAAAACAUUGCAAGAGCUCCUGGAUUGUGUCCACCUGCAGGAAUAUGCCUCAACCCUCUUGCUAAAUGGCUAUGAAACUCUAGAGGACUUAAAGGAUCUACAGGAGAGCCACCUGAUUGAAUUAAAUAUUUCAAACCCAGAAGACAGGGCAAGAUUGUUAUCAGCAAUUGAAAAUCUACAAGACUGUGACAUUGAACAACAGCAGAAAAGUGAGGGUGAUCAGGAGACGCGGAACUUAAGCCCUCACCAUAGCUUCAACAAAUCACAGUUAAAUGACUGCCCAAGAGAUUCUGGCUGUUACAUCUCAUCAGAAAAUUCAGAUAAUGGUAAAGAAGAAGUAGACCCAGAAACCCUGUCUGACAUGGUGCAAUCAAUAACAAUCACCGAGUCAAACUGAUUUAGUCCUGCUGCUUUCCUGCAUAUUUUCAGAAAAGACAAUCAGAUUUGCCAGUACGAUGGCACAGAAGCAGAACACAAAAUAUCCACAAUACAGAAAAUCUACUUCUGUCUGAUGUACAAUGCUCUAGACUGUUUAAUAUGCGGACACUUGAGAGCUAAAUGUUAGCUGAUAAUAAGAAUAUCUGAUGUUUUUCUUUUCAAUGAAUCCCCAGACAUUUCACUGAAAAAGUUUAU